GCUAGUCCUAUUGGACUGAAGACGACGGUUGGCGAGCAACCACUGUAAUUUCGGUAGACAAACUAUAAAGUCGCCCCCCACGCCCCACCCAUCUCUCUUCGCCCUCCUCUCUCGCUCUGCUUCCUAAUUAAUCCCGGUCAUGGACGCCGGAGCCGACGAGGCGCCGCUUGUGCAAGUAGAGGACGGAUCCGGAGAGAAGGAUCUGGACGCCGCGCUCCGCUGCCUCGAGGGCUUCCUCGCCCUGCUUGGUUUCCCCGAUUCCUCCUCACGGGUUCGCCUGGCCGCCUCCUGGGCCGCCUUCCUCCUCCUCGGCGUCGCCGUCCCAUCCGCCGCCAUCGGCCUCUACCAGUGCUCCCACUCCGUCUGCGCCGAGUACAAAGUCCACCAGUUCGAGUUAUGCGUCCUCCUGUCUCAGGUCUUGCUCGCCGCCGUCUCGCUUGCUUGCAUCUCGCGGAACCUUCUCAAGUACGGGAUUCGGAGGUUCCUGUUCGUGGAUCAGCACCAUGGCCAUGUGGAGAGGUUCCAGAAGGAGUAUGUUCGCAAAAUCCAGGAGUUCUUUCAUUUGCUAGUUCGGUGGAUAUUGCCAUGCUUUAUUGUAAUGACUGUUCGUGAAACUGUCCAUUUUAUGUACACCUUCCAUCAGUCUGCAUGGAGAUCCACUGCCGUUUUGAUGGCUUCAAUGUUGUCAUGGGUUUAUCUAACAAUCAUUCUUUUAUCAGCUUGUCUGUUAUUCAAUCUUGUGUGUAAUUUGCAAAUUAUUCACUUUGAAGAUUAUGGAAAAUUUUUGGAAAGAGAUGUAGAAACUUUUCUGUGUUUGGAGGAACAUAUGCGCUUACGCUUUUAUCUCUCAAAAAUCAGUCAUAGAUUCCGCAUAUUCCUCCUUUUGCUUUUCUUGGUCGUCACAGUGAGUCAAUUUGUCACCCUUUUUCAGACCACUGGGUAUAGUGGCAAUAUUAAUUUUACAAAUGCUGGAAGCUUAGCUGUGUCUUCUGUUGUUCAAGUUGUUGUCGUUGUUCUCUGCUUGAAUGCAGCUUCAAAAAUUUCUCAUAGGGCUCAAGGCAUUUCAUCCUUAGCAAGUAGAUGGCAUGCCUAUGCGACAUGCUGUCCGAUUGGGUCUCAAAUGAGAACUGCAAAUGGUUCUGGCAAUAUUGAGGCUGUUUCGGCAAGUUCCUUUUUAAGAGAUUAUUCUGAAAGUGAUCUGGAAUCACUAGAAAAUGUGGCGACCUAUAACAAUGCUCAGUUAACUUCUUUUACUUCAUAUCACAAGCGGCAAGCCCUUGUUAUUUAUCUGCAGUCCAACCCCGGCGGUAUCACAAUCUUUGGAUGGACAGUUGACCGAACCUUGCUGAAUACCAUUUUCUUCCUUGAGCUGACACUCGUGCUUUUUGUGCUUGGCAAAACUGUAGUCUUUCCUUCCUUGUGACCCUUCUUGUGACACUUCAGAAAUGGCUUUGAACUGCCGUUUGGUUGCUUUCUACGCAUCAGGCAAAAAGAGUGAGCCACAGAAGAAAAUGCCACGGAGGGAAAAAAAAAAAAAAGUUUGAUUGAUCUCUGUUCCUCGGGCUCAAGUUGUAUUUUUUUUUUUUUUUUGCCUUGCGUGAAUCGAGUUCAUGGAUUAUGUUGGUCAAAUAACGUUCUUUUUGUAUAGAUGAGACCAGAAUUUGUACAUAAGAGAUGCCACACUGUAUAAUACCAAACGUCUGUCUCGUUUACUUUUGAUAGGCAGGUAGAACUAGUGAGUCACUUGGUUCAGAGUGAUUAUUUUUUGCAUAACCUUAUCCUUGUAUAAUUACAAUUGGGUUGAUGCAUGCGUCUUUCCGGAGACAUCUGAUAAAAUUGAUC